GGGGUAUCUAUCGUCUCCAAUCUGGAUUAUUGUUAUUGACGGAUUACUUUAUCUUUACUUAUAUUAUUAAUUAUACAAACACUAAUUAGCUAGCCUCACGCUCAAAAUGAUGAAAUGGAUUGUAUUUUUGCUUGUUUUGGUUGCCGUUGUAGUGGAUAUUUUUGCUGGAUGGUUUGUGAUAAUGGCAAACAGGGCUCAAUCUAAUAUGGUAUGUACGUGGUCAUUACUCAUUUUAAUCAUCUAUGUGUUUUUAUCAAAUGCAUAUAUGUAUUCCAAAUUUCAUUAUAGGAUUCGGGGCUCUGAGUUUGUAAAUGAAUGAAUACAGGGGUGGGCGGAGACGGGGAGGGGCUGAAAGGGGUACGUCUCGGCCACCCCAAUAUAAAAACUCUAAUGUCAUCGUGGGUGUAGCUCAUAUGGUAGGAAGGGGGUGCGACAAGAGAAAGGUACGGGCUCAACUCCAAACAAUGAUUUGAGAUGAAAUUUCACGCUCUUUCAUUAGAGAGAGAUCAAAGCUCAACUUACAUACUCUCAGAUAUUUGUUUGGUUGGUUUUGGGAGGCUCUCAUGGGUGGGGUGUCAUCCUUUUCUAAUGUCUAUAUAUAUAGGCAUAAAGCCAUAAAUAUUCUCAAUCCUUAAAAAAAGAUGUUGACGUUUUAAUUUUGACCUCUACAAAGUAAAAUUCUUAAGCCUCAAUCGUCAUAACAAUACAUUUGACUCUGCCCAUGAAUGAAUAUAUAGGUGAAGUUUAAUGUGGCUGAUUGUCAUGGAAGUGAUAGAAGUUGGAUCGUUGGUUUGUUAUUAAUGUUGGUAGCUUGGGUAUAUUCUAACUUUUUAGGACUUAUUUACUUGAAGAGAAAUGGGAAGCCCAUCAUGGGUCUAUGCACAAUAGUGUUCUUUGCCAUUUCAAGCUCCACAUUAGUUUUGGAAAUUGGAUUGGUUGGAUUUGAUCUAAAGGUGGUGCAUUAUAGUGGAGAGUGUGUGAUCAAAUACCCACGAUAUCUCGUCUAUGGAGCCAUUGCUUGCUUUGUUCAUGGUUUCAUUGCCUUUGUCGCCUCUUUCACCGCUUUUGAAAGAGUGCAGGAUCUUAUGUCUCGUGUGGGAAAAUAACACUUUGGAUGAAAAUGCAAAUAAUUAAACAACUUAUAAUAAUCUACUAUUUUAUAUAUCCAAUUACUUAUUAUUAUAUUAG